AUAAAAAAAUAUAUAAAAAAUAAUGAAGGAUAUUUAACAAUAAUGCCAAUAGAAGAAGAGGAUUAUUGGUACAUAUAUAAUUUAGUAUCUUAAGGAGAUUUAGUCCGUUCAAGCACUUAUCGUAAAAUACAACAACAAUCAGCCACAGGAGUUAUAAAAAACUUCAAAAAAAGAAUUAGUUUGACAUUAAAAAUAGUAUCCAUAAAUUAUUACGCCGGUGAGUUCUUACUCCUAUCUUUAAAAGGAAGGAAUUGUAAAGAAAAUGAAUAUUUGAAAAUGGGUUAAUAUCACACUUUUUCUUUAGAACUAGAAUAAUAAUUAACUAUAAUAAAAAAAAACUGGGAUGCCUAUCAUUUUAAAAUAAUAAAAGACAUAUCAGACCCUACACAUGAUGCAGAUGUAAGUGCAUUUAUAAUGGACGAAGGAGUUGCCCAUUUGUGUUUUGUCAAAUAAUCAUUAACAUUAAUAAAAUAAAAAAUAGAAAAAAAUAUCCCAAAAAAAAAAAGUGGAUAUGAAAAACAUAAUAGUGCAUUAUAGUCUUUCUUCCAACUUUGUUUUGAAGUUUUGUUAAAAAUAGAUUUUUAAUAAAUUAAAUGUUUAAUUAUUGCAUCUCCAGGUUUUAUAAAAGAUGAAUUUUAUAUAUAUAUUAAAGAGCAAUUCUAAAAAGCAGAAUAUAUAUAAUUUGCUAAAAAACAAAAUGUUAUUCCAAAAAUUAUAUUAGCGAAAUCGUCUUCAGGCUAUUUAAAUAGUCUAAAUGAAAUAUUAGCGCUUCCAGAAAUACAAAAAUAAUUAAAAGACACAAAAGCUGUUAAAGAAAUAGAAGCUUUAGACGAAUUUUACAAAGCUAUGAGCAUUAACCCAGAUUAAGUCUGUUAUGGUCAAAAACACGUUUUUUAGGCUUUUGAUGAAAAUGCAGUUAAAGUCCUUUUAAUAAGUGACAGUUUAUUUAGGACAAAAGAUUUGGAAUAAAGGAAGAAAUAUAAUGCUUUUGUAAAAAAGGCUUAAAAUAAAAACAUUGAGACUCACAUUUUUUCUAGUUUACAUAAUAGUGGUGAAAAGCUUAAUUGUUUAACAGGAAUUGCUGGUAUUUUAAGGUAUCCAAUGAAUUUAGAAAAUGAAGAAAACGAAGAAUUAGAAAUUAUAGAGGAGAAUUUUAGAGUUAAAAAAGAACAUAAUGAUGAUGAAGAAGAAUCAUAAAUUGAUUAAAAGUAAGAAAAUAGUCAAAGUAUUUCUAAUAUAUCCUAAGAUAUAGCUGAUAUGGGUUUAAAUGAUUCCGAUAAUGAAUAAUAAAUAGAAGAAGACGAAGAAAAAAAUGAUAAUGAAGAUAGAAAUAAUUGA